CCCGCCGACGGCGCCGACCCGCCCCCCGCCGAGGAGUCCGAGGCCCGGCCCGACGGAGAGGGCUCCCCGAGCAAGGCGAGGCCCGCGGCCGCCCGCAGGCCAGGGGCCUCCGCGACCGCGGACCGGGAAGACCGGGGCCCCCCCACCAGCGUGGCGGCGCUCAGGUCCAACUUUGAGAGGAUCCGCAAGGGCCACGGCCAGCCCGGGGCGGCGGACACCGAGAAGCCCUUCUACGUGAACGUCGAGUUUCACCACGAGCGCGGCCUGGUGAAGGUCAACGACAAAGAGGUGUCGGACCGGAUCAGCUCCCUGGGCAGCCAGGCGAUGCAGAUGGAGCGUAAGAAGGCCCAGCACGGCACCGGCCCGGGCCUGGGGGACGCGCCCAGACCCUCUUACCGGGGCCGCACCUCUGAGAGCAGCUGCGGCAUCGACGGCGACUACGAGGACGCGGAGCUGAACCCCCGCUUCCUGAAGGACAACCUGAUCAACGCCAAUGGCGGCAGCAGGCCCCCUUGGCCGCCCCUGGAGUACCAGCCCUACCAGAGCAUUUACGUCGGGGGCAUGAUGAUGGAAGGGGAGGGCAAGGGCCCGCUCCUGCGCAGCCAGAGCACCUCGGAGCAGGAGAAGCGCCUUACCUGGCCCCGCAGGUCCUACUCGCCUCGGAGCUUUGAGGACAGCGGAGGCGGCUACACCCCGGACUGCAGCUCCAACGAGAACCUCACCUCGAGCGAGGAGGACUUCUCCUCGGGCCAGUCCAGCCGCGUGUCCCCCAGCCCCACCACCUACCGCAUGUUUCGGGACAAGAGCCGCUCACCCUCGCAGAACUCACAGCAGUCCUUUGACAGCAGCAGCCCCCCGACCCCCCAGUGCCAGAAGCGGCACCGGCAGGGCCAGGUCAUCGUGUCGGAGGCCACCAUCGUCGGCGUCCGCAAGACGGGGCAGAUCUGGCCCAGCGAUGGGGACAGCUUGUCGGGCAGGCUGCCUCAGGAUGGCACCUUCCAUGGAGAUGCAGAUGCGUCGUUUGGAACGCCACCUGGGUACGGCUGUGCUGCAGACCGGGCUGAGGAGCAGCGCCGGCACCAGGACGGGCUGCCCUACAUCGAUGACUCGCCCUCCUCCUCACCCCACCUUGGCAGCAAGGGCAGGGGCAGCCGGGAUGCUCUGGCCUCGGGAGCCCCGGAGUCCACCAAAGCGAGUGAGCUGGACUUGGAAAAGGGCUUGGAGAUGAGGAAAUGGGUCCUGUCUGGAAUCCUGGCUAGCGAAGAGACUUACCUGAGCCACCUGGAGGCACUGCUGCUGCCCAUGAAGCCUUUGAAGGCUGCGGCCACCACCUCUCAGCCGGUGCUGACAAGCCAGCAGAUCGAGACCAUCUUCUUCAAGGUGCCUGAGCUCUACGAGAUCCACAAGGACUUCUAUGACGGUCUCUUCCCCCGCGUACAGCAGUGGAGUCACCAGCAGCGAGUGGGGGAUCUCUUCCAGAAGCUGGCCAGCCAGCUGGGUGUGUACCGAGCCUUUGUAGACAACUACGGAGUUGCCAUGGAAACGGCUGAGAAGUGCUGUCAGGCCAACGCUCAGUUUGCAGAAAUCUCUGAGAACCUGAGAGCCAGAAGCAACAAGGAUGCCAAGGACCACACGACCAAGAACUCUUUGGAAACCCUGCUCUACAAGCCUGUGGACCGGGUGACACGCAGCACGCUGGUCCUGCAUGACUUGCUGAAGCACACGCCCUCCAGCCACCCCGACCACCCUCUGCUGCAGGACGCCCUCCGUAUCUCACAGAACUUCCUGUCCAGCAUCAACGAGGAGAUCACGCCCCGCCGGCAGUCCAUGACCGUGAAGAAGGGAGAGCACCGGCAGCUGCUAAAAGACAGCUUCAUGGUGGAGCUGGUGGAGGGGGCCCGCAAGCUGCGCCACGUCUUCCUGUUCACCGACCUGCUCCUCUGCACCAAGCUCAAGAAGCAGAGUGGAGGCAAAACCCAGCAGUAUGACUGCAAGUGGUACAUCCCGCUCACGGAUCUCAGCUUCCAGACAGUGGAUGAGUCGGAGGCGGCUCCCAACAUCCCCCUGGUGCUGGAUGAGGAGCUGGAUGCCAUGAAGAUCAAGAUAUCCCAGAUCAAGAAUGAUAUCCAGAGAGAGAAGAGGGCAAACAAGGGCAGCAAGGCCAUCGAGAGGCUGAAGAAGAAGCUGUCAGAGCAGGAGUCGCUGCUCCUACUCAUGUCCCCCAGCAUGGCCUUCAGGGUCCACAACCGCAACGGCAAGAGUUACACAUUCCUGAUCUCCUCUGACUAUGAGCGUGCUGAGUGGAGGGAGAACAUCCGAGAGCAGCAGAAAAAGUGUUUCAAAAGCUUCUCCCUGACGUCCGUGGAGCUGCAGAUGCUGACCAAUUCAUGUGUCAAACUUCAGACCGUCCACAGCAUUCCACUGACCAUCAACAAAGAAGAUGAUGAAUCUCCAGGCCUGUACGGGUUCCUGAAUGUCAUCGUCCACUCCGCCACCGGCUUUAAGCAGAGUUCAAAUCUGUACUGCACCCUGGAGGUGGACUCCUUUGGUUAUUUUGUGAAUAAAGCCAAGACACGUGUUUAUAGAGACACAGCGGAGCCCAACUGGAAUGAGGAAUUUGAGAUUGAGCUGGAAGGCUCCCAGACCUUGAGGAUACUGUGCUAUGAAAAGUGUUACAACAAAACGAAGAUCACCAAGGAGGAUGGCGAGAGCACAGACAGGAUCAUGGGGAAGGGCCAGGUCCAGCUGGACCCCCAGGCCCUGCAGGACAGAGACUGGCAGCGGACCGUGAUCACCAUGAAUGGGAUUGAAGUGAAACUCUCAGUCAAGUUCACCAGCAGGGAGUUCAGCUUGAAGAGAAUGCCUUCCCGAAAACAGACGGGUGUCUUCGGAGUCAAGAUUGCCGUGGUCACCAAGAGGGAGAGAUCCAAGGUGCCCUACAUCGUGCGCCAGUGCGUGGAGGAGAUCGAACGCCGGGGCAUGGAGGAAGUGGGCAUCUACCGCGUGUCUGGAGUGGCGACGGACAUCCAGGCGCUGAAGGCGGCCUUUGACGUCAAUAACAAGGACGUGUCGGUGAUGAUGAGUGAGAUGGAUGUGAACGCCAUUGCCGGAACGCUGAAGCUGUACUUCCGCGAGCUGCCGGAGCCCCUCUUCACCGACGAGUUCUACCCCAACUUCGCCGAGGGCAUCGCCCUGUCAGACCCUGUUGCAAAGGAAAGCUGCAUGCUCAGCCUGCUGCUGUCGCUCCCAGAGGCCAACCUGCUGACCUUCCUCUUCCUUCUGGACCAUCUGAAAAGGGUGGCAGAAAAGGAGACGGUGAACAAGAUGUCCCUGCACAACCUUGCCACAGUCUUCGGCCCCACGCUGCUCCGGCCAUCGGAGAAGGAGAGCAAGCUCCCUGCCAACCCCAGCCAGCCCAUCUCCAUGACCGACAGCUGGUCCCUGGAAGUCAUGUCCCAGGUCCAGGUGCUGCUGUACUUCCUGCAGCUGGAGGCCAUCCCUGCCCCAGACAGCAAGAGACAGAGCAUCCUAUUCUCCACUGAAGUCUAAAGGCCCAGUUCCAUCUCCGAGAGGCCGGCAGAACGGCCUGGAAACCUCCUGGCAAAACGGGCUGCCCACAGAGCGGGAACCGAAUCUUCUUGAGGAGUAAUUGGGCCGCCUCGCCCCCAAGGGCUGGACCACCUGCCUAGAGACAGCUACCCAAGGCAAAAGGCUAAGUGGCCUGGGCAGUUCUGGGCCUGUGGGCCCUUGGGUCUGUGAGCUCCCGCCGGGCCUCAGACUGCGGUUUUCCAUGCUGCCACCAGAGGGCGCCCCAAGCCAGCAUGUCUCGGCGCACAGGCCUGGCCGUGGGACCAGGCGAAGGGAGUGGUUUCUGCGAACUUAUCAGAGUUUUAAAAGAUUUCUACUGGAUCACCCGUCAGGAUGCACCCUCUCCGGGGAGAAGGGAACAUGACCAGAUUCCCUCACUAUCGUGUCUUGAAUAAACACCGAUGCUGCUUCA